GAGAGUCACCCCCAGUCGCCUUGUUGCUGCUGCUGCUAUGGCCGCGUGUUCAGUGCGACCCCACGCCCCAGCUCCUCCCCACCAGCAUCACCACAGCUGAGAGGAGACGGAGGCACCAUGAAGUGGCUCCUGGUCGCAGCGUUCAUCUCCCUCCCGCCUGUGACGUCUGCUGUGAAGCUCCAACUCUCCCUACCAGAGAGCCUGGAUGUGACGGAGGGACAGAGCGUGACUCUUGCCUGCUCAUUCUCCCCACCGUCGACCGAUUUGAGUGACCUCUUCAUCUCGUGGGUCAUGAUACCGACAGGCUACCCAAUCUACGACUCACAUCUUGGGAAUCUCUGGCUUGAAAUAGCUGAGUUUGCGGGAAACGAGGAGAAGGGCGACUGCUCGAUUAGGCUCUUGAACAUCUCCAGGAACCUCGGCCCCGUGCUUAAGUGCCACGUCUACUGUUACCACUGUGGGACGGAUGACUGGAAGGUGGAACGAGAGGUGAAGCUGAACGUGACGGCUGCAGCUCCACGUUCACAAGGCGGCACAAGUGGCACGACUGUCGCUCCUGAAGGGGAGACCUCCGCCACACCAGUGGUCGAAUGGUGGUGUAGGGUGCUGCAGACGAUGUUGGCGAUGGGUGUGACCCUGGGACUUGGGGCUGUCAUCGUCACCUGCAUUCCGCUUCCUCAGCAGUUUGGGAGCUCCCUCCACUCACGCAGUGGUGAUGGGCAAGCAGACGUGCACGGUGAUGUGGAGGUGAAUGGGCAUCUACUGAUGAUGGUGAUUGGACACAAGGGGAAAACGGAGACAAAGGCAUGAACGCCGUGUGAAGAAAUCUUCUGUAGGUCCCCCCCCCGUGACCACCCUGGCCGGCACGUGGAGCCGCUCUUACCCACAGUGCCAUUCAGGAGUGCAGUGCCGACUGCCUGUGGUUCAUGAGCUGAUUGUUGACAGACCUUGCUUUUCUCAUCUCUCUCCCUCUCUGUGACUCUCAACACUCCUCUUUGGCCAUUUCAAAUCCCUCACCGCGAAAUUUCACACGAUUCAGAAUCUUACUGCUGCCUCACCUCACGGCUUCUGUAAAUGAAACCUCAUCAUCCCAAUCCUCAGAUUCCCCCACUGGCUCCCAAUCCAGUCUCCAAUCGACUGAGACAUCGCACUCUGCACCUACACGCUACCUCUCCUCUCUCUUCAGGGGAUCCCCCAAAUAUGUCGGUUAGGGACCGAAAAGUUGCGACUCGUAACGAAACGACGUAUAGUGGGGACUUCCUCCUACCAUAGGAAUACUAUGUUAAUGGAGGUGGGAUAGGGACAAUGGAAUAAGGUCGGGAUAGGGACCGUCCCUUAGGGAAAUGUGGUGUGUUUAAAACCUAGCAACCAAAAUACGUACUUUACACGUACAUAAAACUAGGAACCUUACAAGACAAACUGUACACAACCAAUUCUGAGUUCAAGAACCGUGAAACAGUAUUUUAACUUGUUAAACACUUUCUUGAAAACCAGCUUUAUAAGCAUUUCGAUGCAACCCUCUGCACUUUAAACGUUUUCCUUUUCUUAAUAGAAAAAUAAUUCGUGGCAUUUUAAAGAAAAGAUUCGAGUAGAAAACCAUUUUAAUGGGAAAAAAGCACUAUCUUAAACAGCAUUAUAAAAAAGAUGUUACCUUAACCUGUUUAUGAUCUUACCUUGAGGAGUGGAUGAGUAGCUACGCACGCCAGAGAACACCAUGGCACUUAAGGUGGCGGCGUAUGCGCGAGUUGUACAGUACUUCUAUACCCCCCCACCCCGAACCAAAUUGAAAUCGAUUAUUCAAAAUCGAUAAUCGUCACCAGUGUUGGUCGUGAGCGGGACUUGAAGUCGAGUCGCUGGCCUCGUAGCGGAGCGCUAACCACUGCAUGCUAACCGCUGCACACCCACGCACAAUGUUUCCCACUUGGCUCGGCUGAACUGGUUAAACGACGUGUUUACGAGUGCGUGGAAAUAUUGCAGUGCCUUCCUCAAAGUCAGCGACGUGAGUGCAAAACAAGGCAGGGUGUGUGUAUAUCGAGACUAUGAACAUCAGGGACUCCCUGCACUCCCCACCACGUGUUCUCCACUCUAGCAAACAAGGACUUCUGUCAAAACCCUCAGUCAACCCCUCAAUGUCUGCUCGCUUAUUCUCACCCAACAAUUCAACGAGGCUCCAUGAGUUGCAAGACACUUUGUACACGUGGAAGGUAACUGGAGUAAGUUCACCCAGAUUGGAGUCCGUCCCACUUGCCCCACUGCAUAUUCCUGGCCACUUCAUAAUCCAGUGGGUUCAGGGGAGUGUCACUAAUCUGUGAUUCGUGAAUCCUCAACUCCAUAGCGCCCCGCCGCUCUCACCGCAGAUUCCCCCUGCUCACGUCCAGACUCCAGAAGUUCCCUCCUGUUUGUCUGUGUCUCUGCCCUGUGUCUCUCCUCACCUGGGCUACACCACAGCUGUAUUCCUUCUUUCCUGAGCUCCAUGCAGAUUUUCUACAGCCCCUUCCUGCUCUACUGAAUGUGUCAGCAUUGUGUCUGUGUGUAAACCUGAGUGAACGUGUGAGUUGUGUGUGUGUGUACAAGUGUGAGCGAGAGGAAGGGGGUGGCAGUGGAGUGGUUGUGGUGCAGUCUAACUUGUGUGUGGUUUGAAUGGACCAAAAUCAGUGCAUGCGUCGUAAACGCAAUGCACGAGUCUGACUCAAAGGGUUCCUGUACUCGGAAUGUUUGACACAUUUUGUCACGAAUUAUUGUACAUGCCUUAAACUUCCCAAGAAGUAAUAUAUAUGUACAUUGUAUUAUUACUACUGGUAAACGAUCUCGCUGACCCAUGCUGUGUUUAUGACAGUUGGGAAAUAUGGGUUGAGAAGAGUGGUUCCUAACCUCUGGAUCGCAGCGCAUGGCAAUCCAAAAGGCCAUGGGAAUUGCUCUGCAGAACGAUUGAAGACACCACAAUGUAACUCACAAAGUCAUCCUUUUGUUACCUCGAGUUCUUCCCACGUGUAGAGGGUUGGCAGUGAACGUGGGUCUAGAAAGGGUGGGAACCACUGGUCUUGAAGAUCCAUAUUUUCAGUGACUGUAAGCCAUUGGUUUCAGCACCUCAUGUAUUAGAUAUUCAAUAUUGGGAAAUAUUUGUCUUUAAGGUCCAUAUUUUGUAUUUAUGGUUGUAAAUAUUGUUUUAUGAAAUCUGUAUAUUGCAAACAUUGGCUUAUUUUUAAAGCAUUGGUGUGGGAAAAUCAAUGAUUUAUAUAUUUAUUAUGAGAAAAAAUUGGUGUAAAAGACUUGUACCUUUAUUUCGGGAUAUAGUGAUCGUUUUAGAUUCAUUAGGCAAUCAAAAUAUAUAUAUAUUUU